AUGGUCAACUGCGCAAUGGUCCUGCUGCACACCUGGCCGUCUAUUGUCAAUAGCACCCUUGCACCAGUGCGCAGAAGACUCUCGAGGUCAUCUGGCGCAACAACCGGAAAAGAGGCCUCUCAGCCCUACGAGGAUGAAUGGGAACCUUGUAGCGAGCAUCGAAGGAAUUAUCAUAGCCACAAUAUAGAAGUCCAGAUCAUGCCUUACAACGUUGAUAGACGCGCGAAAGCACGUCGCUCAGAGGACCAUUUCGAGAUGAGUGGCGCCGCCCGUCAGCUGAAGACCGCCAGCCACCUCAGCUCGGUCCCUUGUGGACCUGCGUACGAGCUUGAGCCUUACCCCGAGCUGACCGGAAACGCCCUUGCAGAUGUGGAACAACGCGCGGCCGCAUCGGGCGUUGUAGAGAACCAAUCCAAGAUCCUCGUCCACGCGUUUACGUCAGACAAUCUUCUGCAUUGGGAUGCGGUGGCGGGCUAA